AUGGUCAUAAACAGUCAGGUGUUUCCACAUGGCCUGCCUGAGGAGUUCACCCUCAUCUUCACCCUGGCGUUAAAGAGGGCUGCCCUGGGAGACACCAUCUACCUCUUCCAGAUCUCUGAUCAGCAGGGAUACCCACAGUUCUCUGUAGACCUCAACGGACCCGAUGGCACCCUGUCCCUGCGCUCCAGGGGGGUAGACCCCACAGCUGAACAGGUGAGCUGCGUGUUCACCGGAGAGGGAGUGGAGGCACUGAUGGACUUGAGCUGGCACAAGGUAGCCCUCAGCGUGCAACAUGGAGCCGCUUCCCUGCAUGUGGAUUGCCACUCCAUUGAGACCAAACCCAUGGAGCCCCGCGGGGUCCUGCCCACCGACGGACACACGCUGCUGGGCCUUCGGGCUUCAGAUGCUGGGCCUGUACAGAUGGACAUUCAGCAGGUGGUGCUGUAUUGUGACCCCUCCCUCGCCCUUCAGGAGGCCUGCUGUGAGAUUCCUGGAGCACGGGUGAGACUGGCAACCCUAACUCAUGAUAAAGAAGCAAUGGAUUCGUGUCGAGUCGAGAGUAUAACAUAUGCUCUAUUUCCUGCAUCAUCAGUAGGCUACUAACAGUAAUAACAGUGCUGUUAAACCUGGAAUUUAAUAGGAAACCUUUUUGAGAAUUAAUUUGGGGGAUGUUUUUUAAUUUAGGAACGAUUUAUACAAGUAGGUUUAUCUUGAAGAGUAAAAAGUCAAGCUUGUAUAUAAUAUAAAUGAAAUCCAUUUCAAUCUGAAAAUGUAGGCCCUUUUCCAGCCCAAACUAUUGGUCUAACCCCAGUGUUUACACAUGGUUAAGGUGGGAUAUGAGCGUGGUGCAACAUCAUCAGUAGAAAAUAUUUUGCUGUGGCUUUAAAAGAGUUUCUUUAUAGGUUUAAAGGCUUACACAAAUCUUAGCUUCAGGCAACAGGAGCCUGCCACUCUGUUUGGAUACAUCUGAAACAACUUCUUCCCUCAGUGAAGCCUAAUCUAGUUAUGAUCUAGUUGCUGGAGGGUUUCUGUGCAACAGCUGCUGCAAAAAGCUGAGUGUGAGUUUUUA